AUGGACCCCAACGUCCCAGUUCCCGGCCUCUGGCAGGAGGCAAAAAACACUGAUGGCCGUGUGUACUAUUAUAACGUGCAGACGAAAGCCACACAGUGGACUAAACCCCAAGAAUUGAUGAACCCCGUUGAGCUUGCACUGGCGAAGCAACCCUACAAGGAAUACACCGCUGAGAACGGCCGCAAAUACUGGUACAAUACGGAAACCAAGCAAAGUACCUGGGAGAUUCCGGAAGUCUACAAAGAUGCUCUUGCGCAAGCACCUGCCGCUGUUCCACCUCCUGUCGCGGCGCCAUCCUUUGUUGCUGGUGGAACUUCUUUCCCCCCUCAAUCCCACCACCGUGAUCGCGACGACUUUGACCGUGCGGAUCGCGGGGAUCGCGGGGACCGGGGAUACAACGACCGCCGCGGUGGCUUUGGAGGAUACGAUUCUAGCAGCAUGGCGGCUGCCCCCGAGUUCAAGUCUCAAAAUGAGCCUGAUUACCAUUCCCUCGAGGAAGCGGAGAGUGCCUUCAUGAAGUUGCUCAAGCGCUACAACGUGCAGCCUAGCUGGACCUGGGAAGAAACCAUGCGCGCCACUAUCAGAGACCCUCAGUUCCGCGCGCUGAAGGAUCCGCGCGACCGCAAGGCGGCUUUCGAUAAAUUUGUGGUGGAGGCUCGCAUGCAGGAGAAGGACCGCGCGAAGGAACGGUUCGCGAAGCUCCGCGCAGAUUUCAACACCAUGCUGAAGCGUCACCCUGAAAUCAAGCACUACAGCCGCUGGAAGACCAUUCGCCCUAUCAUCGAGGGAGAGACCACCUUCAGAUCUACGAACGAGGAAGAUGAAAGACGUCAGCUCUUCAAUGAGUACAUUGUUUCCCUCCAAAAAGCCCACAUUGACCAGGAGGCCGCGAAGCGCAAGGCCGCUUUAGAUGAAUUGGCUGACAUUUUGGGCUCGCUCAACCUGGAGCCGUACACCCGCUGGGCCGAAGCUAAUCAAAUGAUUCAUGCGCAUGACAAGUUCUUGAGCGACGAAAAGUUCAAGGCUUUGACAAAGAGUGAUGUGCUGACCGCAUUUGAGGACCAUAUCAAGACUCUGGAGCGGGCCUUCAACGAUGCUCGCCAACAGCAUAAGGCAGCCAGGGCCAGGAAGGAGCGCAAGAAUCGUGAGCAGUUUGUCAUUCUUCUCAACGAGUUGCGAUCGGAGGGCAAGAUCAAGGCGGGCUCAAAGUGGAUGCAUAUCUGUCCCCUAAUCAAAGAUGACCCCAGGUAUCAUGGCAUCUUGGGGCAGCCCGGAUCCUCACCCCUUGACUUGUUCUGGGAUGUCGUUGAGGAAGAGGAGCGUUCGCUCCGUGGGCCUCGCAAUGAUGUACUCGAUGUUCUUGAUGACAAACGGUUCGAAGUCACCGCUGAAACUACCUUUGAAGAGUUCAACGGUGUUAUCUCUGCCGACCGCCGAACUUCCAAGAUUGACCCCGACAUCCUCAAGCUACUCUUCGAGCGCAUCCAAGACAAGGCAAUCCGGCGCAACGAAGAUGAGAAGCACGCUGCCGACCGCCACCAGCGCCGUGCAGUGGACGCUUUGCGCUCGCGCAUUAAGCGCCUAGAGCCACCUAUCCGAGUGACCGAUACCUGGGCGGAUGUCAAACCUCGUCUGGAAAAAUACGAUGAAUACAAGGACCUUGAGUCGGAUGAAUUGCGUGAGUCUGCAUUUGACAAGGCAAUCCGACGCAUGAAGGAACGAGACGAAGAUGCAGAGAAGGAUCGUGAACUCUACUCCCAAAGCCGUGGAAGCCGACGAGACUACGACCGCGGCGAUCGCGACUACCGCAGCGGCCGCGGAGAACGCCGAGGACACAGCAACCGCGUUAGCCGCACCCCCGAAACCGACGCUUACGAGGCCGACCGUCGCAAGGCGCAAGCAGACCGUGAGCGAACUUACCGCAAGGUCAGUGGCAUCUCUCCAUCCCGGGACCGUCGCGAUGAGCGUUCGGACCGGGACCGUUACCGCAGCCGGGACCGUGACUUCGACCGUGGCCCCCGUUCUGCCAGAGAUGGAGACCGCCGCGAAGACGAGCGUGAGCGGUUGUACCGCACCCGAGGAGAUCCCCGUGGAGGUCGUGACGAGCUUGACUAUGGUGGUGGUGAUACUCGGAGCGUGGCGAGUGGGGACCGUCGUCGCCGCCGCGACAGUGAUGCUGAAAGUGUGGCUAGCCGUUCUGCGAAGCGGUACCGACGUGAUAGCCGUGAGCGUGAGCGCAGCAAGGGUCGGGCUCCUCGACGCGAGCGAUCAGCGAUCCCCGAAGAAGACGAGGUUGCCAAGAAAGACGAAAAGGCCAUUCACUCUGGCAGCGAGGAAGGCGAGAUUGAGGAAGAGGAGUAA